UUGGGGAGAACGAUUGUAGAGGCAGAAAACAAGUGAUUCCCAUGGAGCCGGCUUUGCCUAACUACAGAGGCGUCAGGCAGCGAACAUGGGGAAGUGGGUCACCGAGAUUCGAGAACCGAACAGAGGAAGUCGGCUUUGGUUGGGAACCUUCUCCACCGCUCUCGAAGUUGCUCUUGCUUACGAUGAGGCUGCCAGAACCAUGUAUGGUCGUUGUGCACGUCUCAACUUUCCUGAAAGCUCUGCAUCGAUGGAAUCUUCAUACUCAGCUACCACUUCAUCCAGCUAUUCUGAAUUUUGCUUAGCUGAGGAAUUGAAGGUGAAUCUCCCAAAGGUAGAACCUAAGCCAGAGCAGUGUGAGUUGGGGAUUUACAGUCAGCCUUGUACUGCAAUGGAAGCAGCUGCGCCAGCACUAAUGAAUAUAGUUAAGCAAGAGCCGAAGGAAGAGCAGCCUGUGGAACCCAUGAAUCCUGAACAAUUCUGAGGGUACGGGAUCACCCAAGGACCAAUAAAUUCUGGUCACUUGACUCAGUUCAGUGAGAGUGGAUGCAAUCAUUUUGAUGAUGCGCAGAACUUUUCAUUGGAAGAACUGUUUGAUAUGGAGGAGCUAUUGGGAUGCUGGGUCCAAAUACUCCUGGGCCAGGACUGAAGAAUGAGUACGAUCAAUUAGGUGGCUCUGAAAAAUUGCAGCGUGGAAGUCCAUCGGAUUUAUUGUAUCAGCUGCUGAAUCCCAUUGAACUAGAGGGAGAUGAUGGGUAUGGGCUAUACGAGUAUGACGAGCAAGGAUUGCUGCAAUUGGAUUUUCCUGAUUUGUGGUUUUAAGUAGUUUCUUGGAGGACUGAACUGAUUCUAGGGAGCAAGGGGGGACUCUGCUUUAGCUUCUGAUCUGUACUUAGUCUAGGUGUAUAUAUUUUCUUUUUGGGUCUUCCACCAACUGUUGGAGCUGACGGAUGUAAGCUGAUUCUCUAUUUGUUUUUUAGGUUGGAGAAUUCGGCUGAUAUUUUUCUUUUCCAUCCUGGGAGGUGGACUGAAGUUUUUUUUUUCCUUUUUUUCUUUUUCUUUUUUCUUUCCGAAUUCAAUUUGAUACUGCUGUAAUUUAGAGGGUAACCAACUCUUGGAUGGGAUUUCAUUUUCGUUCUUGUAAAUAAAAGAAAGACAUGGUAUG